GCGCGGCCGCUCGACGGGCGGCGGCAUCCAUGUUACUUGUAGAUCCAAGAACGGGGGCGGGGCCUACCCGCCGUCUCAGCAUCCUUCCACAAGUGGGAGGUACAAAAAAAAAGCGAGAAGCCCAAACAACUUUUUCCGCGACGACGUUGAUGAAAAAGGCGAUGUUUGACGAAGGCGACUAGCGGUCGCGGAGAUGAUAACUUAGCCGCCCCGGCUUGUGGCGAAAGUGCGCGAAAAAGUUGCUCCGCCAUGGCGAGCGGGGUGGCUUCUAAAGUGAAGCGGAGGAAGAAGGGCAAAGAGUACAAGAGCAGGACCGUCCACGCCAACGCCGUGACGGGGGAGGAGAAGCCGCAGGCGGGCUACGCCGACAACCAGAUCAAGACCACCAAGUACACGCUGCUCUCCUUCCUGCCCAAGAACCUCUUCGAGCAGUUCCACCGCUUCGCCAACGUCUACUUCGUCUUCAUCGCCCUGCUCAACUUCGUCCCGCUGGUCAACGCCUUCCAGCCCGAGCUGGCGCUGGCCCCGGUGGUCUUCAUCCUGUCCGUCACCGCCAUCAAGGACCUGUGGGAGGACUACCGGAGGCACCGGUCGGACCAGGAGAUCAACCACAUGGACUGCCUGGUCUACGCCAGAUUGGAGCGCCGCUACGUGGAAAAGUUCUGGAAGGAAGUGCGCGUGGGCGACUUCAUCCGGCUGAGGUGCAACGAGAUCCUGCCCGCCGACGUCCUGCUGCUGAGCUCCAGCGACCCCGACCGCCUGUGUCACAUCGAGACGGCCACGCUGGACGGCGAGACCAACCUCAAGCAGAGGCAGGUGGUCCGCGGCUUCUUCGACCUGGAUUGCGAUUUCGACCCGUCCAAGUACAACAGCGUCAUCGAGUGUGAGAAGCCCAACAACGACCUCAACCGAUUCCGAGGAUACAUAAUCCACCGCAGCGGCCGAAGGGAGGCGCUGUACAAAGACAACCUGCUGCUGAGGGGCUGCACCAUCCGCAACACGGAGGAGGCGGUGGGCAUCGUCAUCUACGCAGGUCACGAGACCAAAGCCAUGCUGAACAACAACGGCCCUCGCUACAAGCGCAGCAAGCUGGAGAGGCAGAUGAACGUGGACGUCUUCUGGUGCGUGGUCAUCCUGCUGGUCAUGUGCUCCUUCGCCGCCGUCGGGCACGGCCUGUGGAUGUUCCAGUACGGCGAUAAGAGGCCCGUCUUUGAUGUCCUUAGUCCAGAGGGGACCGACUUAUCGCCCGUCCUGUCGGCCAUAUACCUCUUCCUCACCAUGAUCAUCGUCUUCCAGGUGCUGAUACCCAUCUCGCUCUUCGUGUCCAUCGAGAUCGUGAAGAUCUGCCAGGUGUACUUCAUCCACCAGGACGUGGAUCUGUACGACGAGGAGACCGACUCCCACCUGCAGUGCAGGGCUCUCAACAUCACCGAAGACCUGGGACAGAUGCAGUACAUCUUUUCCGACAAGACGGGCACGCUGACGGAAAACAAGAUGGUGUUCCGACGCUGCAACGUGGCGGGUGUGGAGUACUCGCACGAUGCCAACGCUCGGAGACUGGCCAUGUACCAGGAGCUGGACUCUGAGGAGGACGAGUGCACGUCCCACGGCGGCACUCUGCCCCGGCGAGACAGCGCGGCGAGCCACCACAGCGUGCGGGUGGUCCUGCGCUCCCAGAGCACCAAGUCCCACCGCAGGACGGGCAGCAGGGCGGAGGCCAAGCGGGCCAGCAUCCUGUCCAAACACACGGCCUUCAGCAGCCCCAUGGAGAAGGACGUCACGCCCGACCCUCAGCUGCUGGACAAAGUCAAUGAAUGCGGCGGUCAGGUGGACCUCAUGCGCUUCCACAGCCAGCCCGUGUCCCAGCUGCCCUCGGACCUCUCGGACAUCCUGGAUUUCUUCAUGGCGCUAACCAUCUGCAACACGGUGGUGGUGUCCUCGCCCGACCAGCCCCGCCACAAGGUCCGUGUGAGGUUCGAGCUCAAGUCCCCGGUCAAGACCAUCGAAGACUUCAUCAAACGCUUCACGCCGAGCCGUCUGACCUCGGGCUCCAACAGCAGCAGCUCUUCAAGCCUCAACCGCUCGUCCAACAAAGGAUGUUCCAGCGCGCUUUCCUCCCCCUCGGCCGAGAGCACCCUCACCAAGUUGGAGGAGGAGGUGGCGGCGGCGGCGGUUCACGGGGGCCUGCAGAGCGCCUUAAGUGCCGUACUGCCCUCUUACAACGAGAAGCCCCCGAGCACGGACCUUCGUUACGAGGCCGAGUCGCCGGACGAGGCGGCGCUGGUUUACGCCGCCAGGGCCUACAAGUGCUCCCUGGUCGGACGCCUCCCGGACCAGGUCACCGUAGACCUGCCCCACCUGGGGAAGCUGAACUUUGAGCUGCUGCACACUUUAGGCUUCGACUCCACCAGGAAGCGAAUGUCCGUGGUGGUCAAACACCCUCUGACGGACCAGAUCACCGUCUACACCAAAGGAGCCGACUCCGUCAUCAUGGACCUCAUCAAGACUCCCAACACAGGCGACUCCAAAGGAAAGCGUCAGAAGAAGAUCAUUUACAGGACCCAGAACUACCUGAACGUGUACGCCGCAGACGGCCUCCGCACGCUCUGCAUCGCUAAAAAGGUCCUCACAAAGGAGGAGUACGCCUGCUGGCUGCAGCGCCACCUAGAGGCGGAGACGGCCAUCCAGGGACGGGAGGAGCUGCUGUUUGAGUCGGCAUCGCGCCUGGAGACCAACCUCCAGCUCCUGGGUGCCACGGGUAUCGAGGAUCGUCUGCAGGACGGCGUUCCCGAAACCAUCGCCGCUCUGCGGAAGGCCGGCCUGCAGAUCUGGGUGCUGACGGGCGACAAACAGGAAACGGCGGUCAACAUCGCGUACGCCUGCAAGCUGCUGGACCCCGAGGAGGAGAUCUUGACUCUGAAUGCUGAUUCUAUGGAGGCGUGCUCCUCACUGCUGGAGGAGAGUUUACACUACAUCCAGGACAAGUUCCUCGCCGCCAACUCCCCCGCCUUUGAGAUCCGCCCCUCGCCGCCCUCCGCGUCCCACGCCGCGCCCGUCGCCGCGCACCGCCUGGGCCUGGUGAUCGACGGCCGCACCUUGGCCUACGCCCUGGACAAGAGCCUGGAGGACAAGUUCCUGGCGGUGGCGCGGAGCUGCCGCUCGGUGCUCUGCUGCCGCUCCACGCCGCUGCAGAAGAGCACGGUGGUGAAGCUGGUGCGCAACAAGCUGAAGGUCAUGACGCUGGCCAUAGGUGACGGGGCCAACGACGUCAGCAUGAUCCAGGUGGCCGACGUGGGCGUGGGCAUUUCCGGGCAGGAGGGCAUGCAGGCGGUCAUGGCGAGUGACUUUGCCCUCCCACGUUUCCGGUACCUGCAGAAGCUCCUUCUGGUUCAUGGUCACUGGUGCUACUCACGUCUGGCCAACAUGAUACUCUACUUCUUCUACAAGAAUGCCAUGUUUGUGGCUCUCAUCUUCUGGUAUCAGUUCUACUGCGGCUUCUCGGGCUCGGCCAUGAUCGACCAGUGGUAUCUCAUCUUCUUCAACCUCAUGUUCUCCGCCUUCCCACAACUCAUCACCGCCACCCUGGACAAAGAUGUGUCUGCAGAGACGCUGCAGCGCCUACCUCAGCUUUAUGUCAGCGGACAGAACUCAGAGGAGUACAAGCCAUACAUGUUCUGGAUGAACAUGAUGGACGCCUGCUACCAAAGUCUGGUCUGCUUCUUCAUCCCUUACUUUGCCUACGCCGACUCCGACGUGGAUCUGUUCACGUGGGGGACCCCCAUCACUACGCUGGCCGUCUUCACCAUUCUGCUGCACCUGGGCAUCGAGACCAAAACCUGGACCUGGAUGAACUGGCUGUCCAUCUGCUUCAGUGUGGCCCUCUUCUUCACGGUGGCCCUCUGCUACAACGCCUCCUGCCCCACCUGCUACUCCCCCUCCAACCCUUACUGGUCCAUGCAGAGGCUGCUCCAGGACCCCCUUUUCUACCUGCUCUGCCUCAUCACACCUGGAGCCGCCCUGCUGCCCAGAUUCUUCUACCGGGCGUGUCAAGGCACGCUGUUCCCCAGCCCGCUCCACGUCGGACGCCAGCUGGACAAACUCCCCGCCGAGACACGCAGGAACCUCCUGAGCCUGAGCGGGGUCGCGGCGGGGCCACAGGCGGGCCCCAAGCAUCCCGCCGCCUCGCCGGCGAUGCCCACGUCCUCCGGCGGGGCCGAUAACGGCGAGCGGACGAGUCCGGAGAAGAGUCUGUCGUCUCUGCACACGUCACUUCCUGCAAACAUGGACGCUCUUCUUUACGCCGCAGGGAAGUCUCCGCCCCCUCCCGCCAAAGACCCCCGGCUCCUCCACGAGACGCUGGAGCGGCCCGACGCCAGUCUGUCCGUGCGGAUCGCCCCGGCGGACGGCGGCCCGCACUGCGUCAAGUACACCAGGACCUCCGAGGGAAGACUGGAACGCGACACAGCGUGAAUAUUUGCACCAGCAAUUUUUUAUUGUCUUUUUCAAUUUGGUACUUUAUUUCACAAAGAUGCUUUUAUUUUGGCGACUGGAUGAUGUUUAUUUUUAAGGCAAAGCCUGCAUGAUGUGUUUUAUUUGUUAGUUUGACAUCUCAGUGCUGGUCGGCUCUCCAAGAGGCAGACUUCUCCUUCUGCUGCUGGAUUUGACCUUUUUUUUAUCUCUUUUUGUAUUGUGUGUUUUUAAAAAAUAGCACAAUCAGCACAAAGUCACAUGACCUCAGUACAAAGAGACACACUGAAAAGCAGAAAUAUUUACUGGAAUAAAGCUAAAUAAUUACAUGAAAGCCUGCAGGGUUAUAAAAAUAACUUUUUAACAGUUAAAAAUUUCAAAAAUUCUCACGCAAACUCAUAUUUUAUUGUUUAUUUCUCAUAAUAAUUCACUUAUGUCCUAUCCUUUUUUGCUUUUGAGUGUGGCUCUAAUACUUAGGAGAAAGAUGUCUUUUUAUGCAACCAAACAGAAAAAUGUAUUUGCAACCAAAAAAUAUAUAUUUCAACAAAAAAAAACAGAUUUGAUAUUAAAAAAAAAAAAAAAAACAUUUGUAAACAAAAAACUGAUCUGAAAUUAAAAUAAAUAUUUUCAAACAAAAAAUGGAUUUCAAAUUAAAAGAUAAAUGUUUAAAAACAAAAAUGAAAUGAAAAAUAUUUGUUUUUCCAAGCAAAAAUAGGUAUUUGAAAUUUUUAAACAAAAAAAAAAUGCAUUUUUAAUUUAAAGAUAAAAUACUUUCAGACAAAAAAAUGUAUUUGAAAUUAAAGAAAAUAUUUUCAAACAAAAAAAUGUAUUUGAAAUUUAAAAAUAAAAUACUUUCAAACAAAAAUCAGCUUUGAAAUUUAAAAUAUAUUUUCAAACAAAAAAUUUAUUUCAAAUUAUCCAUCCAUUUUCUACCACUUGUAUAAAAUAUUUAAAAACAAAACAAUAACAUUGAACUAUGAAUAAUCUUUUUUUAAACAAAAAAUGUAUUUGAAAUUUCAAAACAUUUUCAAACAAAAAAUGAAUUUGAAAUUUAAAGAACGUAUUUUCAAAACAAAAAAAUGGAUUUAACAUUUUUGAACAAAAAUGGAUUUCAAAUUAAAAAAUAAAGAUGUACAAAUAAAAGAUAAAUCUGAAUUUUUUUUUUUUUUUAAAUU